AUGGGCUCUCAUGAAUUGGUUUUCACCAAGACUCCAGUAGGAGACGGCCAGUUUCGGUUGCUGGAUAUCCUGCCUGCUUUUCAAGAGCCCGGCCAAAAUGCUCCUAUUCGAUGUCAACUUCGCGUCGCAUCAUUAUUCGACCCGCCAGACUACGAAGCCAUUUCGUACGUCUGGGGAAAUCAUGAUUCCGAGAAUGAGAUCCAGAUUGAGGUUUCGGGUGAGGUUUUUAAUACGACAAAAAGUCUCCACGCAGCUCUGUCUCGGCUUCGGCUCCAGCACAAAACGAGGACGGUUUGGGCCGACCAAAUUUGCAUCAACCAGAAAGAUAGCGCGGAAAAGUCGACUAUCGUCCCACUGAUGCGGCAAAUCUAUUCUCGAUGCCGGCAAGGUCUGCUUUGGGCGGGCGAAAUUCCUCAGGAAAUGGACCCGGCUCAUGUGGAAUCACUAUUCGAAUUUCUCAAGUACAUGGCGGACGGUGGCACUACUGAUACCCCCGCCCCUCAGUGCAUGGCUUCCGAAGCGGCAUUCAGGGGGCCGAUAUCGGCAUUGGUGCACCUGAUGGCCGGCCAAGGUUCUUGGUUUUCUCGUAUAUGGACGGUUCAAGAAGCAGUUCUCCCGAAAGAAGCCGUCUUACUCUUGGGAUCGCAGUCAAUUCCUUGGAGCACGUUGAUUCAAGCAACCAAGACUUACACAACUGAGAUACCGCAAGACGUGUUCAGAGUCUGUGGGUAUGAGUAUGCCGAGGGCCCCAUAGCCGGUCUUAUUGCGGUUCUGGUAUGGUUGAAUAGCUGUAAAUACGACUGCAAGCCGUCGUCAGCUAUGCAGCAAUGGCGGGGCCGGCAAGCCCACGACCCUCGAGACAAGGUCUAUGCCCUGCUCGGACUAUUUCCACCCGGCGCGCUGCCCAGAUUUGAAAGCUGCGAUUAUGAGAUCCCAGUAGCUGAGGUCUACGAGAACCUAACGCUUGACCUCAUUACUGACAAGCAGAGCCUUCGGCCGCUUGUCGGAAACCCCCGCCUUAAGCCAGUCAGGGCGACUCCGAAUUUGGCCAGGUGGGCAAUCGACUUGGUGGGAGUGCCUAUACACGAGAUAGAAUACUGGCAUCACACAUACGAUUCAAUGCAUUUUCGUGCGGAUGGUGGUCGUCGCAUGGAAUUCCAGCACCAAAAAGGCAUGUUAGGCCUCACGGGCGUUUUUGUCGACAGAAUUGAGAGAGUCGAACCUGGAUUGAUGCUCAUUGGUAAACACGCAUCAUACGAGUUGCUGGCUGAAACCUUGCAAAGAUGGAAGAGUACGGGACCCGACGAAGAAGCCUUUGGGAGGCUCAUCACCAACGAUCUUGUUAGAGAUGCUGUCGGAGACCCCGUUCAGCGCGCAUCCGCAGCCGACGCCCACCAGGCUAUGGAAUAUGUACGCAACAGAACAGGGGAGGAAUGGAUUCACGACCAAAUCUUGAUGACGGUAAAGAACUCAGUGUACUUUACAACAAAGUCUGGGCUUAUCGGACGGGGACAUCUCGAAACACAAGCUGGAGACGAAGUCUGGGUAUUCAACGGAGGCAGCGUACCAUUCACAGUGAGACCGCGAGGCGGACUCAAGCCGGUUGACAAUGAUCUCGAGUGCGACUUUGUGGGUUAUAGCUACGGGCACAGCAUCAUGGACGGCGAGGCUUAUGAACGCGGUAUCGAAACCGUUCUCAAGAAUUUGUUUCUCGAUAUCGGAGACGUCGAAAACAUGAAAUACGACCCGGACUCGGAUAGCUUGCCUGCAAGAUCUCAGCUCCCGCACGUUCCAGGGACACCUCAAGAUUCGGCAUGGUUCUGGGGCGAAAAUGAUGAGUUGGGUCGAUUAAACCUGCUCACCCCAAGGCGCAAGGCGGCAGCAGCAAGUCUGAUCAAGGAUGGUAUUACCAUUGGCUUGAAUUGGUCUGCUGAAUUACCGUUUCCACCCAUGUUUGGCCGUGAGCCAUUGCUGCAUCAAAUCAAGCAUCUCGGACCGGCAGGCAACGAUGAAAUUCUGAAAAUGAACUCACAAAGCGGCUCUCAGGUCAGUGUACCCCAUAAAGGAGGUUGGGUGUUUUACAACAACACGACACCUGAGCAGAUCGAGAAGACCACCAAAUGCGGAGUGCAGGCCUGGGCCGCCCAGGGUAUUGUCGGAAGAGGUGUCCUUCUUGAUUACUGGAGCUAUGCUAAGGAGUCGUACGAUGUGAACUCUCGCCAUCCGAUUUCUGCCAAAGAACUCAAAGCUUGCGCUAUGGCCCAAGGAACCAAGUUUGAGUACGGUGACAUCCUGAUCAUUCGUACUGGCUGGAUCGACACAUACAACAAGAUGACUCAAGACGAAAGAGUCAAGUUGACCGAGGUUCCAGCCUAUAGUCAUACCUUUGUGGGUGUCGAUCAACACCCUGAUGUUGCUGACUUCCUUCACGACAACUACUUCAGCGUUGUGGCAUCGGACUCCCCUGCAUUUGAGGUUUGGCCACAAAACAAAGAGUGGAAUCAUCAUGUCAAUCUCUUGCCAAAAUGGGGUGUGCCUAUCGGGGAACUUUGGGACUUGGAGAGAUUGGCCGAAGUUUGCCAGCAACGCAAGCAGUACGCCUUCUUCUUUGCGAGCACGCCAAAUAACAUCAAAGGCAAGCACCUGCUGAGAAUAUCAGAUAAUAGCUAA